UUGAAAAUACAUUUGAAACCAAAUGCUGGUCAACUUUGGAUGCGGAAUCCGUUUACAUUCCAGAGGCCAAAACCCUUUUUUCUCCAUACAAGGAAUCCUUUAUCUUCCUAAAACCCUAAUCCAAACCCAAACCCAAACCCAAACCCUAACCCUAGCAAUGGCAGACUCUUCUUCUCCGGAUAACCGAAGACCCACAUGCCCAUCUUGUUCCAGACCCACACGUGUUUGUCUCUGCACUAGAUUCAAAACCCCAGCUCUUGAAAACACCAUAGCAGUCACACUUCUUCAACACAAUUUAGAGAAGAAACACCCACUUAAUUCAGCUAAAAUUGCAACUCUAGGUCUCAAGAAUGUCAGUCUUGCUCAUGUUUCUGAUGUUAUUUCAGAAGCCCAUUUUGAGAUUCACUUUCUUGAAUCGAAUAUUGAUCUGGGUCCUCAUGAUUCAGUCGAAAAUCGCAAAAAGGUUGAAGCUUUGCAGCCUGCUGAUAUCAGUGUCACAAAUCUUGAUAUGGGUCCUCAUGAUUCGGUUGGAAAUCGAAAACAGAUUGAAGCUUUUCAGCCUGCUGAUAUCAGUUUCACCAUUAAUAAAAGGGGUGCCAUAACUAGUCAGAGUCAGGAUUUUGAGCAGCUUUUGGCUAACAAAGAUGUGCUAAAUUGUUUACAAAAUGGGUUUACUGUGAAAAGGCUGCAGAGAUGGAGUGAUGGUAACUAUGUCCAAGAAUUCGAAAUAGUGGUUCCUUUAGGAUCAGUGUUACUAUUCCCUAGUGAGAAUUCGGUUGGGAUCGAAAAUGUAGAUUUUAACGUCAAGAAUUUGAUUGUUUUAGAUGGAACAUGGGCUAAAGCAACAAGGAUGUACAAAGAGAACCCAUGGUUAAGAAUGUUGCCACACGUGAAACUGGAUAUGGAUAAAUUGAGUUUGUAUGCUGAAGUAAGGCGUCAACCGAAAGCAAGAUGCUUGUCAUCCAUUGAGAGUAUUGUUUAUGCACUUAAAGCAUUUGGUAAAGAAGAUGUUGCAGGGUUAGAUUGUUUGUUGGAUGUUUUUGAGUCUAUGAUUGUAGAUCAAAGGAGAUGCAAAGAUGAAAGAUUGAAAUCGGAAAUCGACAUUGUAUCCAUGUAAUGUGUAGACCUUGUAAGAUUGAUUUUGGGAUUUUGGUUAUUAAAUUAUAUCUUCUUAAACA